AUGGCGCAGCAGCAGCAGCAGCAGGUGAGGCGGGUUCUGAAGGUGGCGCCGCCGGGGAAGGGAGACGGGGAGUGCUUCCCCACGGUGCAGGCGGCGGUCGACGCGGUGCCGCUGGGCAACCGGGCGCGCGUCGUCAUCCGCCUCGCGCCGGGGGUCUACAGGGAGCCCGUCUACGUCGCCAAGACCAAGAACUUCAUCACCAUCGCGGGGGCCUCGCCCGAGGCCACCGUCGUGUCGUGGGACAACACCGCCACGCGCAUCAAUCAUUCUCAGUCAUCCAGGGUUAUAGGAACAGGAACAUUCGGCUGCGGUACAUUCAUUGUUGAGGGGGAGGAUUUCAUUGCAGAGAAUAUUACGUUUGAGAAUUCAGCUCCCCAGGGCUCUGGACAGGCUGUUGCAGUCCGGGUGACCGCAGAUAGGUGCGCUUUCUACAACUGCAGGUUCCUUGGUUGGCAAGACACAUUAUACUUACACUACGGAAAACACUACUUAAGAGACUGUUAUAUUGAAGGCCAUUGUGACUUCAUCUUUGGUAACUCUAUCGCCCUUAUGGAACAUUGCCAUAUCCAUUGCAAAGCAGCAGGAUUUAUUACUGCUCAUAGCCGGAAGUCCACAUCAGAAUCUACUGGCUAUGUAUUCUUGAGGUGUACUAUUACUGGAAAUGGAGAUGGUGGAUAUAUGUUCCUAGGUCGGCCAUGGGGGCCCUUUGGAAGGGUUGUCUUUGCAUACACUUUUAUGGAUCGAUGCAUUAAGCCUUCUGGGUGGCAUAACUGGGACAAAUCUGAGAAUGAGCGAACUGCUUGCUUUUAUGAGUACAGGUGCUCAGGGCCAGGCACCCAGCCGUCGAACCGAGUGACCUGGUGUAGACAAUUGCUGGAUGUUGAAGCAGAGCAGUUCCUUGCACACACUUUUAUCGAUCCAGACGUUGAUAGGCCAUGGCUCCUCCAAAUGAUGGCAAUAAGAAUACCAGCCUCAGCAUAG